AUGGACUCUGAAUCCGUCGUUUCUCAGGUCCAGCGCAAGAUUGAGCUGCAGAGCCCAGACGAUCUUACCUUCCUCAUCGCAAACGUCCGUCGCGCAGCGGCAGAGCGCCUUAACGAGGCCUUCCCGGUAGUCGAGGGCAAUGACGGCGAAGAUGAGCUACGAAAUCAGAUUGAAAAGCUCGUCAAUGAAUACAUCGACAAGACCUUCUCCCUCGCAGCUCCGAACCUCUCGAUAAACGGCCUCCCUGUAUCCACCGAAUCCUUCCUCUCCGGCUCCGACGCCGAGCCCGAACCCGUCUACGAGCCCUUCGACACACGAAAGCGCCGCCGCGUCGCCGACCUCAUCACCCAAGAAGAGAAGCUCCUCGAGGACGUGGCAGCCCUGAAACGCUCCGUACCCGCCACCGCUGCCGCGAACCAAGCCGAACAGCUACGCGACAGUCUAAAACGCGACGACGAGCUGCUCGAAGCGCGAAAGAAGCAGGUCACUGCCGAGGCUGCAGGUGUAGACAUUGAUGUCAAGACGCUCGAGAGGCAGGAGAGCGUCGAGGCUGGGUUCCGCAAGGCCGUCGAGGGGUUGGGCCGGCUGAAACGCGAGAUGCCCGCCGUCGUCGCCAGGAUGGAGAGAGCGCGCGUCGCGGGCGAGUACGUCGUGACACAAGGCCGAUAA